AGAGUAGCGAUUUCCUAACGACUACAGGGACAGUUCUCUGCGCGCGUGAAGUCGACAGCGCAACCACACAGAGUUGUUGGGAGAGGCCUUCUUUUUGUUUAUUCUAGAGAUUGAAAAUUCCCACCGUAAAUCCCUGUACUCCUCACCAGCAAAUCCUAACUUGCCACAUUUGCCCCUGCCUCCCACAGCCUAGCAGCCGCAAUGUAUGCAGGGGCGUAAUCGGAAAUGUAACGGCAAAUAACAAAGAUCAACGCCAAUUAGUGAGGCUUAAGAAAGACAUUAUGAUUAUAAAGCAGAGAAGCCUCAUUUGCUCCGACCCUCUUGUCUUCAAGCGACGGAAAUCAGAAGAACAGAAGGUGACACAUGUUUGUCUCUCAGUCGUCUGUCUGCGCCCAAUUCCUUGUCCUUGAAUUCUACUCUCGAUUUAGCCUUCUCCCCUUCAAUGAAAUCAGCUUCAUCGCCAUGGUGAUUUAACACAAAGCACUGUAAGCACUGCUCCUAUAAUACGGGUAUACUAUAUAUUAUUAUUAGCUCAUCAACAUUCCAAGAAGAAGGAGAAGGAGAUGACCACCACCACCACCACCACCACAACCGCGACCGCGACGAUCAUGAAGGCCAUUCCUUCAAAGUCUCUGGUCAUCAGAAUCAACCUACUUUUCCUAGCCUUUUUCCUCGUCGUCUACGCCUUCCUCCUCCUCCGGCCGUCGUCGCUCUACCACGAGAACGCGGCUUCGUUCAUCCGGUGCUCCCUCCGAGAGUGCCAUCGCAAGGUGAGGUGGACAAAGGGAUCAAGAUGAAGGCGUUGGAAGAGAUCGGAACCAGCCACAGCAAGCCGGAGAGGAGAAUGGUGAAGAGAGAGAAGCCGAGUUUCGUGGACAAAUUGGGGACGGGGCUGAAGAUUGGAAUGGUGAACAUGGAAGAUGAAGAUGUGAGCGAGUGGAGCGUGAAUGGAGAAAUCGUCCCGGUUGAGUUUCAACGAGUUUCCGAGCUGUUCGAGUGGAAGGACUUGUUCCCGGAGUGGAUCGACGAGGAGGAGGAGAUCGACGGGCCGUCGUGCCCCGAGAUUCCGAUGCCGGAGAUCGAGAGGUACGGGUACAUGGAUGUGGUGGUGGCGAAGCUGCCGUGCAGGUUCCCGGCGGAAGGGUGGGCGAGGGAUGUUUUCCGGCUUCAAGUGCACCUCUUGGCGGCGAACUUGGCGGCGAAGAGGGGGAGGAGAGGGUGGAGCGGGAAGACGAGGGUGGUUUUGCUGAGCAAGUGCAGGCCAAUGGUGGAGCUUUUCCGUUGCGAUGAUUUGGUGCGGCAAGAAGGGGAGUGGUGGCUGUUUGAGCCGGAGAUGGCGAGGUUGGAGCAGAAGGUGGCUUUGCCGGUCGGCUCCUGCAAUUUGAUUCUUCCACUCUGGGGAAGAGGGAUUCACGAAGUGUACGACACAUCGAAGAUCGAAAGGGAGACGACUACAGUAAAACGAGAAGCCUACGCCACGGUUCUCCACUCCUCCGAAUCCUACGUUUGUGGCGCCAUAACUCUCGCCCAGAGCCUCCUCCAAUCUGGAACCAAACGCGACCUUAUCCUCCUCCUCGACACCUCCAUCUCCGUCCCCAAGCGCCAGGCCCUCGCCGCCGCCGGCUGGAAGAUCCGCCUCAUCAAGCGUAUCCGAAACCCCCGCGCCGAGAAGGGCACCUACAACGAGUACAACUACAGCAAGUUCCGACUCUGGCAGCUCACCGACUACGACAAGAUCAUCUUCAUCGACGCCGACGUCAUCGUCCUCCGCAGCCUCGAUCUCCUCUUCCACUUCCCCCAGCUCUCGGCCACCGGCAACGACGCCUCCAUCUUCAACUCCGGCGUCAUGGUCAUCGAGCCCUCCAACUGCACCUUCAAGCUCUUCAUGCGACACCGCAAGGACAUCGUUUCCUACAACGGCGGCGACCAAGGCUUCCUCAACGAGAUCUUCGUCUGGUGGCACAGGUUGCCGAGGAGGGUCAACUUCCUCAAGAACUUCUGGUCCAACAGCUCCGUAGAAGUGGGCGUCAAGAACCAGUUGUUCGGCUCGGACCCUCCAAAGCUGUACUCCAUACAUUAUCUGGGGUUGAAGCCGUGGCAGUGUUACAGAGACUACGACUGCAACUUUGACAUCCCGAACCAGAAGGUUUACGCGACGGACGUGGCGCACUGGCGGUGGUGGAAGCUGCACGACGCCAUGGAAGAGGAGCUGCAGAAGCUUUGCGGGUUAUCGGAAAGGAGGAAGAUCGAGUUGGAGUGGGAUAGGAAGAAGGCUAGGGAAAUGGGUUUGCCGGACCGGCACUGUCGGAUCAAUGUUACUGAUCCUAGAAAGUUGGCUUGAUCUCUCAUUCCAACUUGAGAUUACAUAUCUCUUUACUUCUCUUUUUCUUUUUCCAAUUUCUGUUUUUCUUUUUUUGGACUAUCGUCAUUCUUCACCUAGUACACUUUUGCACAGAAAUGUUUCAUAUAUGUGACAUAUUAUUCACAUAAUUUAUUAUUUUCACAUCUA